GGUUCACAUACUGACAUGAGAUGGCACGCCCUUUGUAGUGUGCGAUUCAAGGUAUGUCAUGUGGUUUCUCUCGUCAGAUCCCCGGGUGAUUACACCUGCUCACUAUCGUCCCAAGACUGCUUAACGAGAAACGCCUACAACGAGGCCAAGUGUGCCAGAUUCGUCGAUGCUCUUUACGAGUGCUGCCAGGUGUUCUACGAAAGGAAUGGCGAAAAGGCAGUGACUGCUAGCUGUCCAAAACCAGACCUCUUGCGGUUGAAAAUGGAGCAGAGGAGAAAGGGUAUUCAGUAGACGGCAAGGGAAUUGGGAAUGUAUCACUCGUCCAAAUAUGUCCACCUAAACGGCCCCAAAAGGCGUUAGGUAACCGGAGAGGAGGGUGCAUAUUUCCUCUAGGCUAUCAUUGAGCGCGCGAGAGGCCACGAGGGCCUGAGCAAGCAAUGAAGGGCUUGCUCCGAGACUCUAAUAUGAAUGCCAUGGACAUUGUGCAGAAGAAAGAAAAAGAAAUCGUUUUUUUGGGGCUUCUCGACGACUUUUCAACGCAG